UCACACCGCAACCUAGCAACGAGCAAUGUUUGUAAACAAACACCAAAAAUGACGCUUUAUUUCGAAAAUCCGGUGAGUUUUCCGGAGCCGGGCUCGAUUUCCCUUAACGGAGUUUGGCAUCCGAACUCGGCCCUCCUCGCCGUGGCUAGUUUUUCGCAAGAUAAAGGCGGCUACGUCACCAUUUUCGACGAGUUGGGGGAGCCUUUAAGCGACAUAAACUACCCCAUACAUCGCAGUUUUCAAGUAACAGCACUCGCGUGGCACCCCGAACGCAACAUCCUAGCCACCGGGUGGGAAAACGGCGAGUUUAAAAUCUGGAACGGGGAGAAAGACUUUGCGCUGAUUGGGGGCCCGCACAAGGCCCCCAUCACCUUACUCGAAUUCAGCGAAAAGGGGGGCCGACUCGUAUCAUGCGAUUCAGCGGGGUCACUAGUGGGGUGGAAAGUGGUGGAUAGUCAAGCUCAAACCGUUAUGGUUUUUCACUUGGAUUUGAAAGAAUCGAUAACGCAUUUGACGUUCAGAAUUACGAUAAGACCGCACCCGGAUUUUGACGUCGAAGGCUUGGCCAAGGCUGCGGUGAACGGAGAUGAGAGAGCCCUUGAUAUGUUCAGUAACUGGCGUCCGAAGACCACAGCCCGGAAAUUCCGGGUCCAAGAGGGCUCUGAUAACUUGUCGUUUUACGUGGGGACGCAAGUCGGGUCAAUUUACUACGUUAAUAACGGGGGGUCGUGUCUGGAAGUCCUGAAUACGGAAGGGGUGCCUCUUUCGUACAUCGUCCACCACCCCAAUAAAGACGCUCUGAUUGUCAUGAUGGAGGGUUUAACUAUCGGUCACUUUUCGAUUGAUAGUCAAGGCCAAUUGAACGAAUUAGCUAAAGUUAAGUUGAGCGGAAGGGUGCAAAGUCGGGGGGUUGGUACCCACGGUUUAGUCUGGUGUGGUAACUCCAGUUUGGCGAUUUUAACCGGAGAUUUAAUCGUCCGUAUCUGGGAUAUUGAAACUAAUGAUAAUUACGUGCUACCAACCUCGUUGAAGUUUUACACAAACGAUGAGAAAAACCGCACAGUUAGUGAAGUUUUCACGUGUUUGGCCUUCUGUAAAUUGAACCAAACUCUUUGCGCUGGUACCAACAUCGGCCGUAUUUACUUCUGGUCAAAAAAUAAAAACCAUGAAAAUCCCGAGGAUUGUUGGGAGUUGAAUAACGUAAAUACGGUCAGUGGGACCGUUAAGCAAUUAAUGUGGGGCUCAGUCCAACUGAGACUGCCUUUAUUAAGCGUCAAUUGCGUCACUUGUGUUUACAUAAUGAAGGAACAAUCGAUUUGCACUUGUUUCUCGGAGGAGGUUUGGUGUACGCAAAAAACCGCCAAUCAGGUGCUUGUCGAAAGUCCAAAAAGCAAUUUUUUGCUUCAAUUGGAGGCCCAAGUCACCGACAUGAGUAUCACCGAGACUUAUGCUAUUUUCACAAACGGGAGACGAAUACUAGUUUAUGAAAUUUUCUGGGAUGGAUCCGAUUUGGAAUUAAAUUCGACCAUUAGUAAACAAACCGAAAGUACGGCCGAUUUUUCGAUUAAAUUACUAACCACCUUUAGUUGUGACAACGAGAAGGUUUUAUUGCACAAAAAAAUGAUCAUAGUUUUGACACCGAAAGCCGUCACAGUGAGACAAUUAAACGGUUCGGUUAUCACCAACAUCAUGUCACCAUCGCACGAAGGUGAACCGAUCGGAAUUGACGUAACCGGGAAUUUUCUCACGAUUUUCACAAUUGAGGGUUACAUGAAAGUGUACGAAUUGGGUGAGAAUGAGGCGAAAUUGGCAAUUCCGGCCCGGAAUUUGUACGACUUGUGUCCGGAUUUCGGGGAAAUAAUCCAGGCGAAGAGUAAUUCAUCCGGAAAUAAAAUCGCAUUGACUUUAGCCGCCGCGAAUUUAGUGCCCGAUGGGAGACUUUACAUCUGGGAUAUGGAAAAUGAUAGUUUAAUAUCGUAUGAUUUUCACAAGUAUGGAAAUUUUGCUGAUUUUGAGCCAAAUCCGGACGAAUACAGCGUCGAUGAGAAAACAACCCCAAUCGAGGAGGAGAAUGUUUCAGAUGAGACUCGAGCUGUUUUCAAUGAAAUUUGCUCAAACCGCAUCCCUUUGCACCUGUUUUGGGACAAUCACGACCCGAGAUUGUUAGUUUGCGAUGCGAAAAGAGUCAAAUUACCGGCGGAGAAAAAACAUUUAAAGCGCUCGCGAUCCGAUACUAAAACAACACUCAAAGACGAGGAUCACAUUAUUUUGACAAUGUUUGUGUCGUCGGAACACGGGAUUAAAAUUCACGAUAUUAGAGCUGUCGAUGGUGAUUCUCGUUUAUUGGCGUUGGCGACCCCUUAUUUAAUAAUUUUGGAGAAAUUAAUUAUAAUUCGAGAAGUUAUGAGUGACUUUAACGGGCUUGAAAAUUGCAACAAGGAUGUACGAGACGCUGUCUUGAAUUUUAGUUAUAAUUUGAGUCUUGGUAACAUGGAUGAGGCGUUCAAGGCGAUAAAACUUGUGCAAAAUCCGGGUGUUUGGGGCAGUUUGGCGCGGAUGUGUGUCAAAACGCGGCGAUUGGAUGUCGCGGGGGUGUGUCUGGGGCAUAUGGGGAAUGCGAGGGCUGCGAUGGCACUCAGAGCGGCUAUUGCUGAUUAUGGGCUGCCACACGAGGCGAAAUUGGCCGUUUUGGCCGUCCAUUUGGGGAUGCUGGACGAGGCCGAGCAAUUGUACAUCCAGUGUCAGCGUUACGACCUUUUGAACAAAUUGCUGCGAAGUCGAAACAAAUUCGACGCGGCCCAUGCUAUCGCCGAGUCGCAAGAUCGCAUCCAUUUGAAAAACACUGAUCACGCAUGGGGCAAAGCCCUGGAAGCCAUGGGGGACUUUAAAGAGGCGGCUGUGCGAUACGAAAAAGCCAACACUCAUAAGUUUGACGUUCCGAGAAUGCUUUUAGACCAACCUCAGCAACUCGAGAGUUACAUGGGGAAGACUAAAGACCCCGAUUUACUCAAAUGGUGGGGUCAGUAUGUCGAGUCGCAAGGGGAGAUGCAAGCCGCUUUGAAGAUUUAUAACAGUGCAGGUGAUGUUUAUUCCCAAGUUAGAGUGCUUUGUUUCCUGGGGGAGGAAAACAAAGCGGCUGAAUUGGCAAGAUCGGGACGUGAUAAAGCCGCUUUUUAUCACAUGGCGAGGUUUUACGAAACGACGGGGAACUACGAAGAGGCUGUGAAUUUUUUCACAAAAGCUAACGCAUACAGUAAUGCCGUACGACUUUGUAAAGAGAACCACAUGAGUGAUGAAUUAUGGAACAUUGGUUCCGUGGCCGGAACUCGUGAAAAACUGGAAUGUGCGCGAUAUUUCGAAGAAAAUGGGGCCCUUGACAAAGCGGUUAUUUUGUAUCACAGGGCCGGAAUGCUCCACAAGGCCCUCGAUCUCGCUUUCAAGGCACAACAAUACGACAUUUUGCAACAAAUCGCAACGGAUUUAGACGCUGAUAGUGACCCGGCUUUGGUGCAAAAAUGCGCCGAUUAUUUCGUCACCAACGAACAGUUUGAUAAAGCGGUUGAUUUACUCGCAAUUGCGAAAAAAUACAAAGAAGCGAUCACGAUUUGUUUAACACAUAACGUGCAAUUGACUGAAGAUUUGGCCGAGAAAUUAACACCGGAGAAAGAUCAGUUAGAGGAAGAGGACCGGAUUAAUGUCUUGCAGACGUUGGCUGAAAGUUUAAUGUUGCAGGGGAAUUAUCAUUUGGCGACGAAGAAAUUCACACAAGCUGGGGAUAAGAUUCGGGCAAUGAAAGCUUUAUUGAAAAGUGGUGAUACGGAUAAGAUAAUUUUUUUCGCAGGUGUGUCACGCCAAAGAGAGAUUUAUAUAAUGGCAGCGAAUUAUUUACAAUCAUUGGAUUGGCAAAACAAUCCCGAGAUAUUACGAAACAUAAUUACGUUUUAUUCGAAAGGGAAGGCUUUAGAUCUUUUGGCGAAUUUUUACGUAGCUUGUGCACAAGUUGAAAUUGACGAAUUUAAAAACUACGAAAAGGCUUACGGGGCGUUGACUGAAGCGUCGCGUUGCUUGACUAAAAUAACUAAUCCUAGGGAUUCAAGCCAGCAUCAAAGAGCGACCGAAAUUGUCCAACAAAGACUCACUAUGAUAAAGAGGUUUGUUGAUAUUCGAAGAUUGUUUGAUCGGGGGGAUUACCAAGCCGGGAUUGCACAGUGUCGUCAGUUAUUAAUGACUGGGGGCAAGGAAUUAGAAGAGUCGGUUCGUAGAGGCGACAUUUGCGCCUUAAUGAUCCAAGAGUAUAUCAAAAACGGGAACUUCACCGAAGCUAAACAAUUAUUAGGGGAAUUAAAGCAGUUGUUAUUCAGUAGUGGCAACACUCCCAUUACGUAUUAUUUGAGCAAGGAAACAAUCGAAGCAUUGGCUCAGGGUUUGGGUGUUCCAAUUUCAACCUUAAUUCCGGCAAAAAUGAAACUCGACGAUGAUGAAAACGAUGAAUUUGUCGAAGAAGCAAUUGAAGAUUAAUAUUUAAGUCUUAAACAUUUACUCAAUUCCGUCCGUUUGUGUGAUUUUGAAUAAAAUUGUUCAAGUUU